AUGGAGAAGGAACUGUGUGUAUUCAGCCAAACAAUAGAAGAUAACAGAGACAGGUUGGAAUUAGACAGAAACAGAAAACGAGUGGAAGCAAUGAACAGUGAAUCAAUCAUUGCUGAGCAUCGUUACAACGGGGAUAUUGAAAAAGGCACUUUUAAAACUGUAGAACAACUACACAUGGGUGAAAUGAACGUAAAAUGUGAACAUUGCAAUGCAGAAAGGUUCAAAUAUGAAACAGGAAGGGUGGCAAAUAAUUGCUGUCAUGGAGGAAAAAUAACAUUACCACCAUUAACGGAAUAUCCUGAUGUACUUCAAUGUCUGCGAGAAGGGAAUGACGAAGUAUCAAGACACUUCAGACAGCAUAUACGAUCAUAUAAUGACGCGUUUGCGUUUGCAUCAUUUAAUUGUACCGUGGCAGAUAUGGGGAAUUCAGGACCAUAUGUGAUGAAAAUAAUCGGGGAUGUGAGUUACAAAAUAUCUACGAGUUUAGAGACCGCAAACAAUAACCGACCGAGAUAUGGACAAAUUUACAUCUACGACGUACAAACUCAGCUAGCGCUGAGAGAAAAUGAUGCAAGAAGAGCAAAUCUGUUAGAAAUUAUUGGUAGACUGAUAAUAGAUAUCAAUCCUCAUGCAGCAAAUUUUAGAACAACGUACGAGCGAUUUGUUAAGGGAGAAAGCCUGGUGAGAUUAAACUUUAUAGCACUUAAGGAAGACGAUAGACGGCGCAUGCGACAUAUGCAACAGCAGUACCAAGAUGCAAUGGCAAUAACAAGGAAAGUUGGACGACCGGAUUUAUUUAUUACAAUGACAUGUAAUCCUAAGUGGCCGGAAAUAUGUACGGUAUUGAAAGAUUUUCCUACAGGUACCACUGUAAAUGACAUUCCAACAAUAGCUUGUCGAAUAUUCAACAUGCGGCUACAACAGGCACUAAAGGAAAUCGAAAGCGGUUCAGUAUUUGGAAAGAUUGAAGGAUACGUAUACACAGUUGAAUUUCAGAAAAGAGGCUUACCGCAUGCUCACAUACUAUUUAUCUUAAAUAACAAUGACAAACUUUUGACUCCAGAAGCAAUUGACAGUUUUAUAUCUGCAGAAAUACCAGACAAACGAAUACAUCAACAACUAUAUCAAUCUGUCACAUCACACAUGCUACACGGCCCUCACACAUCCAAAAUACCAUGCUGGAAUUCGGUAACGAAGUCAUGCUCAAAGAAAUUUCCGAAAGACUUAGUGGAAAAUACUGAUAUAAGCGGUGGCGGUUUUCCAAAGUAUCGCAGACGAAAAAAUACAGACAUAAAUUAUUACCGCAACCGCGUGGAAGGAAGAAAUAUCCAAGUAAACAACAGCAUGGUUGUGCCUCACAAUCCAUACCUACUUGCAAAGUACGACUGCCACAUGAACGUAGAAUAUUGUGCGUCAAUAAUGGCUAUUAAAUAUGUCUUCAAGUACAUCCACAAGGGACAUGAUCGUGCAAGAGUACAGAUAACUGAUUCAAACAGCGAGAGUGAUGGACCGAUGGAAGCAGCUUGGCGUAUACUAGAACUGCCAAUGCAUGGACGAAGUCAUGCCGUCACACGCUUACCUGUACACCUACCGGGGCAGCAAUACGCAACGUUUGAGGAAGGUAGAGAAGUCGAAGCCGCUACAAAUGAAAAAAAGUGGAGAACCCAUCUUAUUGCAUGGUUUGAAUUGAACAGCAUAGAUGAAAUGGCAAGAAAUAUAACUUACGCGAACACGCCAGAUUACUAUUCGUUUCAAGAAACAACAAAAACGUGGAAAAAAAGAAAAUAUGCAUCUGGAAAUAGAGCACUAUGUGCAAUUGAGCAUCUUCUCAGAGCUGAGGCAAGAUCAUGUGCAGAUUUUUACUUACCAAUACCGGAGAUAAUUUUCGAAAAUGAAGCGGAAGAAAUAACAGUGGAAAAUAUAGAAACCUUUUCAAAGAAAGGCAAUGAACUGGUGAAGCAAUUGAACAACGAUCAGAAAAUAAUUUAUACACAAAUUUUUGAUAAUAUUAUGGAUAACAAAAGUACUGAUAGAAAGCAAGAAAAAUGCUUUUACAUCGAUGGAUCAGGAGGAACAGGAAAAACAUUUUUAUACAACGCAUUGUACUACAUGUUGAAAUCUGAAAAAAAAAAUGUUGCAUGUGUUGCUUGGACAGGUAUAGCAGCCAUCUUACUACCAUAUGGCACAACCGCGCACAAAAUAUUUGGCUUACCAUUGACACUGCAAAAGGAAGGAACAAUUUUCACAAAUGCAACGAUGAAGAAAAAAAUACGAAGUAUAGAUGUAAUUAUAUGGGAUGAAUGUUCGAUGAUACCGAAAAUUGCUAUAGAAUUGAUCGACAGAACGUUAAAAGAUAUAAUGGAAGACGCAUCACCGUUUGGUGGGAAGACUAUAAUACUAGGUGGAGACUUCAGACAAGUUUUACCCGUUGUGAAACGAGGAGGUAAACAACAAAUAAUAGAGGAAACAAUUAAAUACUCUACACUUUGGAGUAUAUUUGAAAAAUUAAGCUUGAAAAAAAAUAUGCGAGCAAAGGAGGAUGCCGCAAAGUUUUCAGAAUGGUUACUUAAUAUAGGUAAUGGAGAAGUGGAGUUGUUUGUACCAGAGAAAGAAAUACAAAGCAACAAUUUAAUAGACGAUUUAUAUCCAAGAAAUUUGCCACUUGAUGAAUUAACAAACAGAGCCAUCUUAGCUCCAUUGAAUGUCGAAGUUAAUCAGUUAAAUACAGAGAUACUACGCAGAAUGGAUGGCAAUAUAUUCGAAUCAAAAAGCAUAGAUUACGCAACAUUACAAGGAAUUGAUACUGCAGAUGCAGCACUUGACGAAGAAGCUACUCUGCGAUAUCCGAUAGAGUAUUUAAAUGGAUUAACGCCAUCAGGUUUACCACCACACAAUCUACAGCUGAAAGUCGAAGCAAUUGUGAUGUCAUUGCGAAAUUUAUCAAUAUCAGAUGGUUUAUGCAAUGGAACACGGUUAGUUGUAAGAGAAAUGCACUCUAGAAUUUUGAUUGGUGAACUUCUAAUCGGAGAGCGAAAAGGGCAAAUAGUAGAAAUACCAAGAAUUAAAUUAGAUACGCGGGGAGACACAGAUAUGCCAUUUAUCCUCCAUAGGCGACAGUUUCCAGUCAGGUUGGCAUUUGCAAUAACUAUAAAUAAAUCACAAGGACAAAGUUUUGACCACGUGGGAAUAUUCAUUGACCGACCAAUCUUUGGUCAUGGUCAAAUCUACGUUGCAUUGUCACGAUGCAGGUCGAAGAAAGGUAUGAAAAUUCAACUGAAAAAAAAUGAAAAUGCAAUAAAGAACAUUGCGUACAAGGAAAUUAUUGAAUAA